AUGGCUAAUUUUUGGUGGGGAUCUAAUACGAACAACUCUAAGAUCCAUUGGAAGAAAUGGAAAUUCAUGUGUUCUUCGAAAGCUGAUGGUGGUAUGGGAUUUCGUUCUUUCAUCUACUUUAAUCAGGCUCUUUUGGCGAAGCAAGCAUGGGGGAUAUUGGAGAAUCCUUCUUCUUUACUGGCAAGAGCUCUCAAAGCCUGCUACUUCAAGAAUGGUGACUUCCUUUCGGCUCAAAAAGACAUUUUACCUGCCCUCACUUGGCAAAGUAUCUGUGAUGGUAAAGAUCUAUUGAUGAAAGGCCUGCGAUGGAAAAUUGGCACAGAGAAUAAGAUUAGAUGUGCUUCGGACCCAUAG